AGGUUUAAUUUUUAAAAAUUCAUCACAGUGGUCUUCUUAGAGUCACAUUACGGCAAGAGACACAAAUUGAGCACCUCCAAGUGGCCAUGCAGCUGUCGAUUGAUUCGACCGCCACGUUGUUUGCCGUUGUGCUGGUCGUGGUUCACGUCUUACUCGUAGGCGGACUCUUUGUCUACCUGUGGUCGCAAGCACCCAAGACACGUGUGACGUCAGCCGUGUCGCUCGAAGAGAGGGCCGCCAUCCGUCAUCAGAUGCGCAAGGCCGAUUGACUUGGGCAGCCGCCUUAUUGUCAACGUCACAGAAACGAUCCGCGCUUAGUUUUUUUUUUUGCUCCACUGGUCAUGUUCAGUGGACGUUCGCGGUGCACCCUCUUGCACAAGUGGACGUUGCCCACCUCGAAGCGCGGGGCUGCUGACCUAGACAAAACCAUCAAGUGGGGCCGCAUCAGCGCACGCGGCAGCGGAAGCGCCUACGACCAGGGCGUUGACACUCACGUGAUGGGUAAAGGCCGCUCCGUGAACCGUGCCGCACCGAGAGGGCUGCUGCGAGGAUUUGCCAAUGAAGAGCAGCCCCCUGCCUUGCCUAGCACCUCGACGAAGAAGUGAUUUUUUGCGGUUGCCGUCCAAAUUGUAAGGCGCCGUGGUGAAGCGUCACACAUUGUACCAACGAUCGCUGCGGCGGUCUUCAGUGUUCGUUACUCUCUCACGUGCGCGGUGCUGCUUUGACGUAACGGUACGCUCUUGGCAAAGACGAAAACAACGAUGUCAAUGAAUAGCAAAAGACGUCGCUGGGCUCUCCCCCGUUUACCACGUGUGCCGCAUUUGUUUUGGCUCUCCUCUCCUCAUCGUCCUCGGCGCUGGAACGGUUCUUCUUUCCUUGGCCGGAAUGGCGACGCCUUCUGCCCCCACCUUCGAAGGCGCGUCAAACAGCCAUUUUUAAAAUACGUGACCAACGCAGCUUUGCUCCUCUGUAAUGGACACCUUACCUUCUCCUCUUCCUUUCCUCCCCUUUUUUUUUAGAGAGAACGGCAGCUCAGUGGCCUUGGUUUUAUCGUUAGGGAAAAUAUAUGUAUUGCAGGGAUGCUUACCUUGUUCCUGUUUAUCGUUAGCGCAUUGUGCGUCUUUUGCCGUGCCUGCACGCGCGGCUACGCGCAGAACACUGUUGGCUUUCUGCACGCCUCCGCCGGCGCUGGCGGUGGAGGGGAGCGGGUGCUGUGGGUCGCCCUUGAUGGAUUGCAGAGGUCUGACAUGGCAAAGAAGGUGGAGCGUCAAUACGUUGUCUUCACGCAGGAGUACACGCCAAAUGAUCCCACGCCGACCGAGUCGUCGGACGAAUACCUCCUCAGUCUGGUGGAGACGCAGUUCAACGUGCGCUUGGCGCGUCCCGUGACGUUUGUGUACUUGCGGAAGGGCUUUACCAAGUGGCUGAGCGGCGACGUCUACCCGCACUUUACGCUGCUUCUACAGACCCUCUACGGCGGUGCCGCGUUGUUUUUUGAGUCGGCCGUGAUGAACUCCAUGACGCCAACGGUGGUGGAGACGGUCGGAGUACCUUUUGUGUACCCGCUGCUGCGGCUGCUGGCGGGCUGCACAGUGAUUUCCUACACUCACUACCCGAUCAUCUCCAGUGCCAUGACGCAGCGGGUGCGGAACGGGGAGGCGGGACACAACAACGCCGGCUUCAUCGCACACAACCCGGCUCUGCGUUGGGGCAAGCUCGCCUACUACAAAGUUGUGUAUCUUUUGUAUCGCUGCAUGGGCUGGUUCCCGCACGUCGUCUUUACCAACUCGUCGUGGACGCAGAACCACGUGCAGGCGGCGUUCUGGCCCCGCACCUGCAUUCGGCUCUUUCCACCAUGCGACACGGCGGGCUUUGCGGCGGCCAGCAAGCCUGCUGUGGAGCGGCGUCCCAGCAUCGUCAGCGUAGGCCAGUUCCGACCGGAGAAGAACCACUGCCUCCAGCUGGGUGCCUUUCAUCAGGCGCUGCCGCACCUGCCGGCGGACGCACGUCUUGUCGUGAUUGGCGGUGCCCGUAACGUAGCCGACGAGGAACGUGUGGCGGCGCUGCGGACUCACGCGAAGAAGCUGGGGAUCGAGGGUCGAGUGGAACUGCGCGUGAAUGCCGCGGUGAACGAGGUGCGAGAGGCGCUGGGGAGCUGCGUCAUUGGCCUCCACACGAUGGUGGAUGAGCACUUUGGGAUUGUGCUGCUGGAGUACAUGGCGGCUGGGUGCAUUCCACUGGGACACCGCAGCGGAGGGGUGCAGCUGGACAUCGUCAACUCUGCUGAUUUGGGGUUUUUAGCCUGCACGCAAGACGAGUACGCAGAGGCGAUGGCAAAGAUCUUCGACAUGCAUCAGCACCACCCCGACGAGUUCGAGCGGUUUCAGCAGCGCUGCCGCGAGCACGUCAGCUCCUUCGACGACGCCACGUUCCGUGAGCGUUUUGUGGCGUUGCUAAACACCUACUUCUACGCUGCGUGA